CCUCCCGCCACCGCCGGCCCCAGCCAGCCCCUCCCUGCGAACACUUCUAAGAACACUGCCCGGUGCAUGGCAACGCCUGGCGGGCUGGCACUUAACGUGCCCCCGGCCUGGCCGCAGAAGGACGCCGGCCCCGAGCUCGCGACCCGUGUACGGCAUGGGCGCGGCGGGGCGCUUAGGCGUCCACAGCUUGGACUUGGACGAAGCGGAGCGAGGCAGGGGUCCGUGACGGAAAGCUGGAGCGAGGGCAAGUUUUGGCCACGAGCCGCGCGAGCAGGGGCCGCCAGCGACACCUGCCGCGCCCGCAGGCUGGUGCUUGAGAACUCGUCGGGCGUGGGUGCCGAAUCGCUGUCUCAACUCUGCGCGCGCACUGCGUACUCGAGGUUCGAGAUUCGGGCUGUUCUGCCGCGAACGCCGCGCGGUGGUGGUGUCUGUGAGCCUGGGCGCUGCCCCCAGCUCUGCGCUUUAGCGCGAAAGCGACCCGACCAAGAAUCUCAGCGGGCUAGCAACAGCAAAAAUCAUGGAGAACGUACAAUCCCCUAAGCUGGGGAAACCAAAAGGUACCGAUACCGCUGCUCCCCAGACCUCUCCCAGGGUGCAUUCUGGCUGGAACUUCGAGGCGAAUCCAGCGGUGGCCACGAGGGCCUCCCAGGGGCCCCCCCAAAGGGGAAAACGCAGCAAGGGUAGCAGUAUGGAUACCUCUUUCCUCCUCUGCAAAAAUGCCCCUCCAGUGGCUGCCUCGGCCGUGACGGAGCUGCCACGGCAGGCCGGUACUUGCCCUGCCCCGCCGGGCGUGCGGGAGACGCUGCCCCACGUUCUCCCCUGCGCGUGCCCGCCAGCGAGCGGGCCGAGCGCAGAGAGGGUGCUAAAGCGUCCCGAGGAGGCACGAAGCAAGAAACUUCGCGCGGCCAGUCGCGAGACAUCCAGUCGCGCGGGCUUCGCGAGAGACGUGGGCUGCCCGCGAGGGUGGGCCGCGUGGGCUGCCCGAGAGAAUUCCCAGCUGCGGAAUCGCUUCUGGAAAAAGCCGGCACCGUGCCCCGAGGCACGAGGUGGAGUGCCCACGGGUCCCUCCGAGUUCUCUGCGUUGAACGUGUUCCGCGCUCCUCCAAGGGACCCCCCAUUUGGCAAACAAAAAAACUUUGAAAAAAACACAUCCAAGAAGCUUCCGAGCGGCCUCUCUAGAGAUCCCCACAGGCAUCCAAUAAGCCUCUGACCUACAAUCCAGGCACCUAACAGGCCAUCAAAUUCUGUGCCGAACGGCUGCUCUUCGAGCGGAUUCGCAUGCGAGCAGGACUAUAUUAGCUCGCUUGGCCGAACGGCCGAUCUUUGAGCACAACAACUCGCUACAGUGUAAGACAACGGGCCAUCGCUCGGACGUCUUUUCCCUGUUCG